AUGCAUUCUGCCAUCGCCUUCGUUGCCAUCCUUGGCCUUGCUUCUGCUGCUCCUCUUGAGCGCCGCGACGACUCUUCCGCCUCGGUCUCUCCCUUCACCCCAACUACCUACACCGCCCCCACUACCACCCCCUUCUACACUCCGACCACCUACACUGCCCCCACCACCUCCAUCCUCAGCGGUGUGACGAAGCAGAACUGGUACACGACGACUAUGGUCGACACCAUCACCAAGACCAGCACGGUUACCGACCACUCUCCCUGCCCCGCGGUGCCCACGCACCCCUGGGGCCCGCACGGCGGCCCGGGUGGCCCAGGCGGCUGGGGCCCAUGGAACCACAAUUGCCCACCCCCGACCACCACCACCACCACGACCGUGAUCAAGCCCAAGUUCACGACGACCAUCAUCAAGCCCAAGUGGACCACCACCAUCCUGAAGCCCGAGUGGACCACCACCAUCACUGAGGCCGUCCAGACCGUCACCGAGUGGUACCCCGUCACGCAGACCUCGACCGUCACCGUCCCGACCACGGUUACGAAGACCCUUGGCAGGCAGACUGUUACCGAUACCAUCACCUCGGUGCUGCCCCGCAAGACCGUCACCGAUACGCAAUACGUCUUCCAGACCGAGACCAAGACCAAGACCGUCACCGACUACUUCCCCUGCCCCUCGGCGCCGGUCAAGACCAUCACCUCGACCGUCACCGACUGGCACCCCUGCCCCACCUCGCCGCCUCCCUACAGCACCACCUCCUACGCCAGCAGCGUCGUCCCGCCCCCAUUCACCAGCAGCAUCACCUCCAGCGCGCAGCCCACCCUCGCCAACUAG